AAAGGCUCCUUAACAUAAUCGCGUCAAAACGCGGAAUAAAGCUCUCAGUUUACGGUUCGCUUCAAGCAUUGAAAGAGAAAGAGAGAUGGGAGGAGCUCAGGCGUUGAAGAGAAUCCCUCGCAUCAAGUUUCCUCAGAGACACCUCAAAUCCUCUGGUUCUGCAUCACCUUCUCAAGAGCCAUCUACAACGGGACAUGCUGAUCUAACGUUCUUCUCAAAUUCAAAGGCUCCAUCAACAGUUGGAGGGAAAGCUUCUCUUCAGCCUAAACGGACACCUCCCUCCAAUGAGGAGAUAGAGGCAAUCUUGCUGGGAGGCUGCAUCUGACCUCAUCAUGUAAUGUCAGUAUGAGAGUUGGGCGUUCUUGUCAUGAUUCUCAAUUUGAAAUUGAAGCAAUACAAGUUUUGUAAUACAUUGGCUUUUAUCAGAACUUGUUAAAGGCAAAACUUCAUAAAUUCUCGAUGUUAGACAAUAAAAGGAUAAUGAGAAUUUAGCUUCCCUCGGCA